AGCGCGCCUGGGACCGCGGAAAGAUGGCUGCUGCAGCGGGGUGGACGGCGCCCAGGAGCGGGCUCUAGGGUUCGCGCCACCCCGUCCCCGCCGCUCCCUUACCAUGAGGCCAGUGAGUCGCCGCACGCUGGACUGGAUUUACUCCGUGUUGCUACUUGUGAUCGUCUUGCUUUCCUGGGGAUUCGUCAUCUAUGCAUCAACUGUAGCUGCGCGAAGGCAGCUGCACAAGGAGUUUCCAGAUAAAUUCUUUGAAAUGAAUGAACUUUGGUAAUUCUUAGCAAACACAGUUCUUUACCCCCAAAUGGCACCUAUGUAGACUUAAAAGUAAAAUUCACAAUCCAAAUUGCAUAUUGUC